GGCAAUCUUAUUGACAAUGUUCCGUUGACGAUAGCCAGCAUUAUUGGAGGCACACUGUCAUAGCCAUGGCUGGUAGGCAUAAUCUAGUGACUAGGAGAUUGGCGUGCGGGUGACUCAGCCCUGGUCAUAUGAACACGGCAAAUGAUUUAUGGAACGUGCUCUGAGUUCCACCGCAAAUUGGUUCAUCCCUCUCUUGCCACACCCCCACCCCCACCCUCGCUUCCAGGAGGAUGCUGAGGAGCGGGAGGCAACGGCAGGUCGGCUGUGAUGGUGCACGCAGCAGAGCAUCGUACCCCGUUCAGCCCAGAGCUGUAGGUCACGGUAUUUAAAUGAUGGAAAAUAAAACAAAAGGCAGACGAUGCAAGGACAGCGGUUAGGACAAGUGCUACCUCGGGUGGAAAAAUGUAAUCGUUUCUGGAAACGGUGAUGCUGCUUCAACAUGGCAGCGUGUUGAAUCUAUACAGUGUGGUACCUUUGUAACGACCAUUGCAGUUGUCAAGAUGGGUUCGCAUGUGGUUCAAACUCUACGGCAGGGGGUGUGGGCUUCGCUUACUGGCGGCUGGUAUCACGACCCGGACCAGAAUAAAUUCAACAACUCAUGCCACCUCUAUUUGUGGAUGUUUCUUCUUAUGCUACCCCUAUCCCUACAUUUGGCCCUCCCCCCAACCACAAUGGCACUCAGCAUCUAUUGCACGUCUGUGACGGUCUUUUUUAUCGCCAUAAAGGCAGUGAACUACCGGUUCCACCUGAUGUUUGACAGGGGCGACAUUGUGGCCCAGAGCAGUGUGUCUGAUGUCAGCAAAGGUGCUGACAAGAAAAGCAAUGCGUCUGACCCCUGCCUUCCUGCUAACCUGAGAAAAAGCAGUACUGCUCCUGACAGUGUUGCCAUGACAGUAUUGACUAGAAACCGACUAAGUCCCAUUAUACAAGUGACUGUGAAACAAACAGAGACGGACUCUGGCCUGAUUGGUGUGGAGUGUCCCAAGGCAGAGGAGUUGAAGAGCACAGAAGGCCAGAGGGACUCCCCUGCUAAACAGAAGUCAAGAGACAAGCCCCAGCAUGAGGACAUAGAUUCACUGCAGGACAUGUCCAGCCCCAACCCAGACCAGUUUGCCCCUCUCCUGGAGCAGGAACAGCGGCCUCCCCCGGACAGAGACACCGCAGACGAGGGCCUGCCACCCUCCAAGGACAGCGACAUUGAGAGCAUGGACGAGAAGAGCGAGCAAGAGGAGAAGGAGAAACCACCCCCGGAUCCCAACAACAACGAAAAGAAUGAGGGGGAGGACGGUGGUGGACUCUCCCCGGAGGCCCUCUCCCCUGUCCAGGAUCCUCAGGCGGAGGAGACCUACUGCUCCGACGAGAUCGCUGUGGUGCUGGUGGACAACUCCGGAGCAUCGGUGCGCCUGGACGAGAGCGAUACGGUGAAGAUCAUCAUCACCAUGAGCUGCGACGCCCAAACGGCCGCCGAGCUGGAGCAGUCGGUCAAACAGAGCAUCUUGGAGUCGGCCCAUUCGCAGAUGGCCAAAGACAACCAUGGGGAGUCCAGGGGAGACUGCAUGAUCCGGAUACCUGUCAUCACCUUUGACUCGCCUCUGGAGGAGGAGCACGAGGCCACAGUAGAGGGAGAGGAGGAGGAAGAAGAAGAAGAAUACAAACCAGCGGUGGAGGAUGAACCACAAAUGCCAAAUCCCAAGCUCAGUCACUCCAAAGAACCAAUCAGCUCUGAUCUGGUCACACAAAACUAUCGGGAGUACGAGCCGGAGGAGCAGGAAGUGGAGCACGGCAGCCUGCCACUGACCAAUGACAACAGCUCCUCGGGCAUUGACGUCCACUCCCACCAUGACGAGAAUGAGGCACCGGAGCUCAGGAUGGACGCAGACGGCUUCCUGCAGAUCCCGCCCGGUUACGGGAGGUACGGCCCUGGGGGCAGGACACACGUGCGGGGCCUGAGCAUCGACAGCGGGAGGGACGCCGUGCUCAUCGCGGACAAGUCCAAGGGCAAGACACACACCAUGACCACGUCCAAGUCAGACCUGGAAGCCAAGGAGGGGCAGAUGCCCAACGAGUCCAACUUUGUGGAGUUUGUGUCACUGCUGGAGUCCAUCAACUGCACGCGAGGAGCCAGUGGCACACAACCUGAGGAGGCUGAAGAUGCAGAGGAGAAAGAGGACGAUGAAGAUGAUACCAUGGUGACAGUGAGGAAUGAUGAGGAGACAGAGAGUCUGUGCCCAGAGAGACCAAAGCCUCCCAACAGUCUGGCCACCUCGCACACACCCCUGGCUGUUCCAGAGAGGCACAUCCCCAUCGUCUCUCCUGACAGUCCUCAGACAGACAAAGAUAAGGACCCAGACUACGACUCCCUUCCCUCCCAAACAUCCCAGUCCGAGAGCUCCAUGCUCCAGGUCAUCUGCAGGCCCGAGGCCACCAAUAAAGAGGAUGCAUACACCUUCCACACGGUCCACAGAGACAGACCCAGGAAGUUAUACAAUGAGAGAGCCCUGAAUUUACCCCUUGGGGCUGAGUUGAUUACUGGCAACAUGUGUGAUCUCCUGUCGACCUCCUCCAACUCGGAAUGCCAGGAUGGUUUAGUCGGAGGUCAUGCUGACUGCCCAUUCCAGCGCCGCAUCAUUCCUGCUCACAGACUGCGCCCUAGGAGAACACAUCCAGAAAUCUUUCAGGAAGAGGACUCAAUGGAUGACUCCUCAGACACGUCGACCCAGGAGAAACCGUCUCGAAAGCUUUACUACAAGCUGAAGGUCUUUCCUGGGAAGUGGGUCAACAUCCUGUAUGAUCGGCUGGCCUUACUCGCACUAUUUGACAGAAAUCAAGAUGUGUCGGAAAACGUGGUGGCUGUGUUCCUGGCGUUCCUGGUGUCUUUCCUCGGAUUCAUCUUGCUGAACCAUGGCUGCUUUAAGGACAUUUGGGUAUUCCAGUUCUGCCUCGUCAUCGCCAGCUGCCAGUAUUCCCUCUUAAAGAGUGUCCAACCAGAUGCAGCUUCACCAACUCAUGGACACAAUCAAAUUGUUGCAUACAGUCGAGCUGCAUACUUCUGUAUUUUCUGUGGCCUUAUUUGGAUCCUGGAGCUGAUAUUAAAACGGUCAGACCUUCCUGUGUCCAGAGUGUAUGGCAUUAACAUUGUCAUAUCUGAUACCCUCCAUUUUGUCCGAGACAUUUUAGUGGGAUUCACAUACUGUUUCCCUAUUACAUUCCUCGUUGGCCUUCUCCCUCAGAUUAAUACAUUUGUGAUAUACGUCCUGGAGCAGAUCGAUAUGCAUUUCUUUGGAGGAACAGCUGCAACUGGGCUUGUUUCAGCAGUGUACAGCAUCAUGAGAAGUCUGACUGCGAUUGCGUUACUGUACGGUUUUUGCCUUGGAGCUUUAAAGGAACCAUGGGAUGAGCAACACAUUCCUGCGCUGUUCUCGGGCUUCUGUGGACUGCUUGUUGUCUUCUCCUAUCACCUCAGCAGACAAAGCAGCGACCCCUCUGUGCUCAUGUCUUUAAUCAAAUCCAAACUGAUACCUAUUUUGGGUGGGAGUGAGGAGGAGGAAGAUGCCACCUCAGAGAACAUAGACCCUCUGCCAGAGAAGCUGAGAGGCUCAGUGAGAGAGAUUCUAAUAUCAGACCUGUUUGUGUGCACACUGGCUUCUGUGUUGACCUUUGCGGUUACUGCCAGCACCGUCUUCCUGUCUCUAAGGCCCUUUGUUUCCAUCGUGCUCUAUGCUCUGGCUGGGACGGUGGGCUUCAUCACCCACUACCUCAUCCCCCAGCUGAGGAAGCACCACCCCUGGCUCUGGAUCGCUCACCCCGUCCUGAAGAGCAGAGAGUACUCCCAGUUUGAGCCUCGAGAGGAUGCCCAUCUGAUGUGGUACGAGCGAGUGUAUGUUGGACUGCUCUCCUUUGAGAAAUAUGUGCUCUACCCUGCCAUUGUUCUCAGCGCCCUGACUAACGAUGGCUUCGCUUUGAGUCAUCGCAAGAAGCUGGGCAUCCACUUUGAUGUCUUGUUGAUGACAGUUGCUGGGAUGAAGCUUCUGCGCACCUCCUUCUGCAAUCCCAGCUACCAGUUUGUUACGCUCAUCUUUACCGUCGUCUUCUUCGAGUUCGACUGCAGCAGGGCCUCCGAGACCUUCCUGCUCAACUUCUUCCUUAUGACCAUAGUCUUCCACAAGCUUUGGGACCUGCUCCAUAAGCUGCACUUCAUCAUGGUGUACAUCGCACCGUGGCAGAUCGCAUGGGGAAGUGCGUUUCAUGCCUUCGCACAGCCUUUUGCAGUGCCUCAUUCUGCCAUGCUGCUGUUCCAGACUCUCCUCACCACUCUGUUCUACACCCCACUCAGCCCCUUCCUGGGGAGCGCCAUCUUCAUCACCUCCUACCCCCGCCCCGUCAAGUUCUGGGAGAGGAACUACAACACCAAACGGAUUGACAACUCCAACAGCCGACUGGUGUCUCAGGUUGACAAAGAUACAGGUUGUGAUGACAACAACCUGAACUCCAUCUUCUAUGAGUAUCUGACACGUUCUCUCCAGCACUCUCUGUGCGGUGAUCUGAUGCUGGGUCGCUGGGGCAACUACAGCUCCGGCGACUGCUUCAUCCUCGCCUCUGACUACCUCAACGCCUUUGUGCACCUCAUCGAGAUCGGAAACGGCCUGGUCACCUUCCAGCUCCGAGGACUGGAGUUCAGGGGUACAUACUGCCAGCAGCGCGAGGUGGAGGCCAUCACAGAGGGGGUGGAGGAUGACGAUGCCUGUUGCUGCUGCGAGCCGGGCCACCUGCCUCACAUCCUCUCCUGCAAUGCUGCCUUCAACCUGCGCUGGCUGGCAUGGGAGGUCACCACCACCAAGUACCUGCUGGAGGGCUACAGCAUCAGCGAGAACAACGCCGCCACCAUGCUCCAAGUGUACGACCUGCGCAAGCUGCUCAUCACAUACUACCUGAAGAGUAUCAUCUACUUCCUCAUCCACUCCGCCAAACUGCAGACGUGGUUGAAGGACACCGCCACGUUGGAGGCUUUGCAGGCCUACACCAAAUGGCACCACAUAGAGCGGGACCCGGCUGUGUUCAGUGUGAAGAUCGAUGAGGACUAUGUGCACUGCCUGCAGGGAGUGACCAGGGCCAGCUUCUGUAACGUCUACCUGGAGUGGAUCCAGUACUGCACCGGCAAGCAGGAAGAGCCUGUGGACUGUGAUGAAGACUCGGCCCUGGUGACCUUGUGCUUUGCCCUGUCAGUGCUGGGUCGAAGGUCAUUGGGAACAGCAUCCCACAACAUGUCGAACAGCCUGGAGUCGUUUUUGGACGGGUUUAACACCCUGUUCAAAGGUGACUUCCGCAUCUCCAGCAAGGACGAGUGGGUGUUUGCAGACAUGGACCUGCUGCAGAAGGUGGUAGCGCCGGGCGUGAGGAUGAGUCUGAAGCUCCACCAGGACCACUUCACCUGCCUGGAGGAGACAGAGGAGCCGUCCAUCUUGUACGAGGCGAUCAGCAACUACCGCACGAGCAUGGUGAUCUGUCAUGAGAGCGACCCCGCCUGGCGCAAGGCGGUACUGUCCAGCCGCGACACGCUGCUCACGCUGCGCCAUAUGGUGGACGACGGCACGGACGAGUACAAGAUCAUCAUGCUCUACAAGCGCCACCUCAGCUUCAAGGUCAUCAAGAUCAAUAAGGAGUGUGUGCGAGGACUGUGGGCGGGGCAGCAGCAGGAGCUGGUGUUCCUACGCAACCGUAACCCGGAGCGCGGCAGCAUCCAGAACUCCAAGCAGGCGCUGCGUAACAUGAUCAACUCGUCGUGCGACCAGCCCCUGGGGUACCCCAUGUACGUGUCGCCCCUCACCACCUCGUACAUGGGCACCCACAAGCAGAUGAGGGGUAUCUGGGGCGGCCCCGUCAGCCUGGACACCAUCCGCGGCUGGCUUUGCACCAAGUGGCUACGGGUACGAAAGGACAACCUGACCAGCUGUAACAGCGGGGUCAACAUGGAGGAUGUGGACUGUGGCGGCUCCUCCCUCAGCCAGAACCACAACUCCAUCACAUCACAGAGCCUCAGCACGUACCAGGCCCGGCCCAGGACCUCUCAGACGGCCCGACACCACGCAGGCCGCCGGGAGUACCGCAGCCGGUCAGUCCAGCCCCAAGCCCAGCGACCUCCGGUCACCAGCCAGUCAGGCCCAAUCCUGGACAGCCAGCACGGCUCUUUGGCCUCGGGGCCCAGCCUGGUGCAACGCCUCUCCAACAGCCAGCUCUCCUUCAACACCUCUAUCGCCUCCAUCUUUUCCCAGGUUCCCCGCCUCUCCACAGCAGGGCUGCAGUCGGCGGCCACCGUGGCGGCGGGGAUCGGGGUCGGUGGAGGUGGCGGUGCAGGAGGUGGGGGUCACCCCCACCGCUCGGGUCAGGUGUCGUCGUCCAGCUCCACGCUCAGCCUUCUCUUCGGCAAGCGCAGCUUCUCCAGCGGUCUGGUCAUCUCUGGGCUUUCGGCGGCCGAGGGGGGCAACACCACUGACACGCAGUCUUCCAGCAGCGUCAACAUCGCAGCUAUGGGACAGUCGGCGCGGUCGACCAGCCGAGCCACACAGUGGACAUCAGAGGCCUUUGAGAGCAUGGACGGGACCAACUCCAACAACUUCACGGGGGCCAAAGACACUCCUCCGUCGAUCGACCGCAGCAGCACGCAAGGCACGGACAGAAGCCAAGAUGAUUCGGCUCUGGCCUCAGCCGUUCAGGAGUUACAGGACCAGAAGACCAUCUGAGACGAGACGACCACCAGCGGGACCGUCUCCAGAAGAAAAACCUCCACUUCCUGCUAAAUGUCAAGACCACCGAAACCUGCCUCGCCUCCUAGCACGUUGGUUAUGAGUUUCCUGAAUGUACAUGUAGACUGUGACUUUUUUUAAAUACUAAUCUAUAAAAAUCAACAAAAAACAAACUAACAAAUCAGCAAACAAAAAAAAAAAACAUCUUCCACGUUUAGUAUCACAGUGUUGGAAGUGGAAUACAUUUGGCCAGUUUGUGUGUGUGUGUGUGUCUGUGCGUGUAUGUGCAUUUGUGUGUGUGUGUGUUUGUGUGUGGCUCUGUGUGAAUGUGUGUAUGGUAGAGUACAACGUUUGAGUACUUAGUGGUCCAGACCACAAUAUGAAGGGUUUUCAGUCUGGUCACUGUCCACCCCAGAAGCACUGACAGACUCCGAAUUUUUUAACCAACACCCAUAACUAAACUCCCACACACUCGAUUGAUCUUUACAGGAAGCAACCUGCCUAGUUCCUCCCCAGACGUCUGUGUUAGUAUUUUUAGAUGGACUGUGCAGCCCAAGCCUCCUCACGCAGCUCUCAGCGUCCUUCAAACCAGUGGGUGCAUGACCGCGUGGACUCCUGCCUGACCAACGCUGACUUCACACAGUCUCUCCUGUUUACCAAUGAACACUCGUAUCACAGCAUCAGGAUGCUCACAGAAGGUGUGAUUCAUGACAAAGGCCGAAUAACGUGUCUUCAUGUGUUAUUUCACUGGGUUUUGUAUGAAGCACAAGUCAAUGGUAUAUUGAAAACAAGUUUUUCAGUCACUGGUUCAGAUGAAGAGAGAUUAUCUUGUCCCCCAUACACUGGAAGCAAAUUUACAGGAUUAUUCCUCGCCAUUGACACCCCAUUUCCCAUGUGAACAAAAGACUGAAAGAAUUUCAUGUGGGUGUUUGUGUUUAUAUAAUGGCAAGAGUGUGCUUUUAAGUUAAGGAGGAAAGAAGUGACCACGGGUUGGAAAACUCUUGCAGUUGCCCUUUAAGUAAGUGUCUUACAUGGGAUUUAAAUUAUGUCAUUGGAAAUCAUUGUACACUUCACGUUUUAAAUAAAAAAAUGCCACUU